UGCUUUUUCGUCGUUUUGAUUCCCAAAAGCAUUAAGCUGCGCCGAAAUUUUAUUGUUUUGUGGAAGUAAGCAUAGAGAAGAUGAGUUGUUUCCCUUGCUUCAAUCCUCGCUCUAAAGAUGCAAGGAUCGACAUUGACAAUGGAAGUCGAACUACUUCUAGCCAUUCCGUCGAUUCCUCAGUUUCCUGCGUUAAGAGAUGGAAAGCAAGCCAAGAAGAUCAUAAGAAUGGAAGUGAUCAGGGAAAAGGCUCCAAAGGCAGUGGAGCACGUAGGUUCACAUUCCGAGAGUUGGCAACAGCAACAAAGAAUUUCAGAGAAGCCGAUGUGGUUGGGGAAGGAGGAUUCAGAAAGGUUUUCAAAGGUUGAGGAAACCGGGCAGGUAAAAAUUGAUGCUUUUCAUUUCAAAUCCAUGUAUCCGUUUGGCAUAUUUCCAGAAUUUGUUGUCUAUUAUACAUAUUAGGUAGCUUUUAAAGUUUGAAUUGGAUCAUUUAUGUUCUUGUAACUGGCCAGAUCGUAGCGGUGAAACAACUUAAUCACGAUGGUCUUCAAGGCUAUCAAGAAUUCAUUGUUGAGGUUCUUAUGCUCAGCUUGUUACACCAUGUUAAUCUGAUCACUUUGAUCGUCUAUUGCACUGCCGGGGAUCAGAGGCUCUUGGUUUAUGAAUACAUGCCGAUAGGCAGUUUGGAAGAUCAUCUUUUUGGUAAUGUAAACUAAAUGCAGAGUUCCAUUGAACAUGGAAGAUCAUCCAUUGUUUCUUGCUACUUUUCUUAGUGUCCCUUAUUAUGUUUGGAGGCCUUUUGCUAGUGUGUACUGUAAUUUAAUAAUGCAGAACUCUAGGUCUCAUUCUAGAUUUUCGCUAUUGAUUUUGGAGCCAUGCGAGGAGAAAUUUAG